AUGUUUUCUUCUUUCGCGCUGGAAAAUUUCUACGUCCAUCCGGAAAUUGAUUCCGAUGAUGGCCCAGAAACGCCCUCAAGUUCUCGAAGUAGCGACUCUUAUACGAUAUCCCCCGCAGAUCACGCAAGUUUAGAAGUCUCUCACGACACCUUAAAGCCUGAUACACCAGAUCAUGGCGAACAUACCAAGGAUGACAUGGCUGUCUCUAGCAGGCCCUCACGCCAGGUUGACUACCUAUCCCACAAUUGGAGGGAGGAGGAUAUCUGGUCCUCGUGGCGAUACAUUGUGAUGCGACGAGGAAAGUUGCCCAACAGCAUACGAUUAGAAAAUACUGUUUGGAGAACGUGGGCUAAGGCCAAGAACAACCUGACAGCAAUUUCCCCUGAUAUGCUCGAUUGGCUCAAGGACUACGAUAUAACCUGGCUUUAUGGUCCACUGCACUCGGUACCAAAUACACUUAAUUCUGUCCAAACCGAGCUCUCUAAGGCACCAUUGCGCAGAAUUGAUUCACACGUGAACCUCAAUAAGAGGCCAAUCCUGAAGAAGCGGAGCAUGUCUGAAGAGAUGCUCCAGCGAUCAUUAUCAACAGCUUCGCUACUCAAGGCAGCUACAGCUGCUGUCAAAGCCGAGAAGACCAGAGAAAUCUUGUGCCCUCAUAUGAGCCGUUCAUCGACUGACUAUCCCUAUAAACCAUUUUCUCAAAGACGACAGGGUGGAGAAAGCAGUAGUGCCAAUACAUCCACAGAGUCCUCUGGGAUCACAUCCCCCAACUGUGAGCGAAAGCGCACCCGUUUCAACGAACGAGUCGAACAGUGCAUUGCUGUCGAAGUUAAGGGCGUCGAUCACGAUAAUGACGAGCUGGACACUGGCCGUUACGGCGAAGGUAGUGACCCAGACGAUGGCGUGAUGAUGAAGGGCACGAAGUCAAGGAAGUCACUGCUAUUUCAACGGAAGACUUCUGGGUCAAAGCCAGCUAAAGGAGAGAAGAUUGCCAUGCUUCCGUGCACUACCCUCAAAUACCGGGAAGACAAUUCAGAACAACGAGGGAUGGUUAGAAAGCACCCUCGAAGCCCUAUCAUAUCUUAUUCGUCGCAAGAUAUUCUUCGACCUGCUAAGGAGUCCCCAACGUUAUUCAUUGAUGAAGAAGGGGAUGAUGACGACAAUCUCGAUGAUGUACUGCUGAACCCCGGCACAGGCUGGCCGUCAUCGCCCGCUGAAGAUGCCAACGGCGGCUUUUCCCGGUCCCUCUUAUCGGAAAGCCUAUGUGAAGCGCCUGUAGGUAUGCGAUGGACUCCUUCUGGCAUGUUCUUGCUUUACGAGGAGGGAGGAGUAUCUCCGACGGACGGCAUUCUUGGUCGUGUUAUCAACACGGUUAACACCGCCCGUGACAUUGCUCAUGUUAUCUGGAGCGUCGGCUGGAGGAAAUAAUGAGAACUUACCCCUUAGAUUUUGCUGACUUUGUUGAAAUACCGAACCCAUGUCACACUUUAUGAUAUUCGUCUUUAUCAGCGACGCACUUCGGAUUCCAAUAAGUUUUCAGGCUUCACCAUCUCACUCACACAGUGAGUGGGUUCAAU